AUGGGCGGAGACCAUAAAUGUCCCGUUUGCCAGGCCACGUUUACUCGUCCACAACAUGUUGCUCGCCACAUGCGCUCCCAUACGGGCGACAGGCCUUAUAAAUGUCAAUACUGUGGGGAUCAAUUCGCGAGAAGUGAUCUGCUCUCGCGACACAUAAACAAAUGCCACUCCAACGAAAAACCACUCGUCAACACAGGCUCACGGCGAAAGGGCUCCACGUCCGCCUCUCGCGCGACAACAUCCAAGCAAGCCUGUGACCAGUGCGUCCAAUCAAGUCUUCCCUGCGAUGGUAGCAAUCCCUGUGGUGAGCCGCAUACAUUUCGCAGAUUCAUAUCAGAUCUAUCGUCCCCCUUCCUGAAGCGCCUCAACUUCUUUACAGGGAAAUGCGUCCACCGCAAAUGCCGCUGUACCUUCGUCAAGUUUCACCGACAAACCGCGCCCGUUGGCCCCGGCCACAACCCAAAGCCGACGAAUAUCCCACCCACUUCCGCCGCUUCCUCAUCUCGGGAUCCGGUCUAUCACCAAGCGAUGGAUGACUUUGUUCUCGGCCCCGCACCCACUUCCUCCGUCCCAACCGCCCCCAUUGCUGCCGAUGCUAUGUAUUCGCAGUCAUUCAACUUCCCAUCGUCCUAUGCAAAUUCCACGGCUUCAAGCGAGGAUUACGCGAGUAAGUACCGCGCACACCAGCCCGAGCCGCUGAGGGUGCCUGGAGCUGGUACUAGCGAUGGUCCAACGUUUUACGCAAGCGAAGCACUGCCCAGCUCAUGGUGGAGUCAGCAGCAGCAGCGUCCUGAUCAGUUCCAAGGUCCUGAUUCUAUACAUGAUAAGGAUUUAGAAGCUGACCUGGCAAACCACUUGAUGAGCACGCAUCGGCAUCAUCAACAACUCGGAAUGAUGCCUGUGGGAUACCCAGUAUCAUAUCAACAGCUAGUCUCCCGCGACCGACGCGGGUCGGUGGAUCUGGCGAGUGGAAGCGAUGGGGGGUCGUCGACCGUCCCUUCGUCUACGUCGUCGACCGCAGGAGAUCAAUACCAGAGUCAAAUGCCAUUCAAUAUGAACAGCCUCACCGAAAACCGGCGGAGCGACUUUCAAGCGGCAUUUGGGUCAAUGUCGCUUGAUGACCCAAACGUCCUCGCGGGGCUGUCAACGGACGGCCCGCCCUUCUUUUCGGGCGCCAUGUUGGGCGAACAACAGUUUUCCGACACGGACGGGACGCCUAUGCCCAUGAAGCUGGGGAGCGAUCAGUCGCACUCGGUCUCACAACAACAAUUGGGCAGAAGCAGCAGCGGCGCAGUACCCACCCCCUCGAGAGAAUCGGAUACCCGAGAACUUCGCGAGUUUUGGAAGGCAUAUAUGCGCACGCCGCUUACCGGUCCGGGGCCCGAUGCUCAUCAUAUUGAAGGAGGAGGAGGAGGAGGAGGAGGAGGCAGCGUAGCUGCGCACACACCCAUCAGUUAUCGUCGUCCUAGGGUUGCGUCGCUACCGAAUAACAAGACGCCCGUGGUGGAGAAGGAUCGGUUCCAUGGACAUCAACAUCAACUACAGCAGCAGGGACAGAACACGUCAAAUCAAUCUUCCCUACGGACGACGCUGCGCCAGCAGGAGCUUGCUCAAUCUCCUGCACAUGCAGCGGCGGUCACGGAGGACCUGCGCUCAUACGAAGCAGCUGUGAUGGCACACAAAACGCCCAUCACUUUGAACCUCCAACCUAGGUGUUUAAACCGUCGUGCAGCGGAGGGUGGGAGCAGCGCGGGGAGUAGCCCCGUCGUCGGGUGGGGAAGAUUCAGCGGUGCUGGUCACCUUGCUGGGGGAGAAGGUGCUGGUCAGCCCAAUUUACCAGGUGGAGACGGUCGGCUGGCGGGUGCUUUUGGCAGGCACCAGCAGCAGCAAUCGUUGAGUGUGUACGACGCGAGCAGUAGUAGCGCCAGCCCAGCGUCGCACAGGUCGCCUUCUGCCGAUGUGGAGAGUGGUGGUGGUGCGAGUGGUUCGGAUGCGGAUCAAAAUACAAGCCAAGGAGGAUCUGGAGUGCGGCCGUCUUUCAAGCGCGUCGCCUCACAUACCCUAGAAUCGGAUACCGCGAAGGUGCAGAGGAUGUACAGUGGUGGUGGUGGUGGUGGUGGAUUGGAGGAGGCGAAUUUCAAUCCUAUUGCUUCAAGUUCUUCGACACACGUGUGGCUAGAGCCCGAUUCGUCAUCGUCUACCAAAACUUCAAGUUGGCGCGAGCCUUCCCCGAAUUGGCGUGAUCACGCCCCAGUCGCGUCAUCUUCCUCCUCCUCCAGGAACGUUAGCAUGGAUAGGAAUCGGCCAACGACAACGAUAUCAAUUAUGAACGCCAACCCCCCGCCUAAUAUCAACCUGAUGAUGAUGAGUCACCCCGAUCGAGUCGUUGCGGCCAGUUUAGCGGAACGCAGGCGGAUGAGGAGGAUGAGCGCUCCCGCUCCUCGGGGAUUUUUUGCUGCUGAUGGUGUUGGAGGGGGUGAUGGUGGAGGUGGUGGUGGAUAUUGA